CAUAGUAGUUUUUAGUAUAUUUACAAACUGUGCAACCAUCAUCACUAAUUCAGAACAUUUUCAUCAUCUAAAAAAGAAAUCUCAUACCCAUUAGCAGUCGCUCUUCUUUCCUCCUCCCCCAAGUCCUUGGGAAUGUACUACUUGUAUUACAGUUUUAAUUUGUGUUUCUCUUUUUUUUAAUAUUGAAAACAAAAUAACAUUUUUAUUUACAGAUGAUGUAAUUUUUACUAGGAAUUUGUGUUUCUAUUAUGAGUAAUGUUCAACAUAUUUUCUAAUUUUUAAGACCCAGUUUUAUUUCCUUUUCUCUUAAUUGUGUACAUACUGAACAGUUCUUUAUUUUUGUAAUAUGAUGUUAUUGCAUGCCUCUGUUCCUUCUACUCCCUGUCUGCCCAGUGAAUCCUCUUGACUCAGGGCAGAUGUCAUUUCCUUUGUGAAGCCUUCACCUCUCACGCCAGUUCAGGCUCAUGUCCCUGAUGCCAAAAAUACAUCUACUCUUCCCUCUAACUCUGGUAAGGUCAUUCUGGAGUGAUGUGAUGGAUUCUGCACAGAGCUUCAUAACCUCUUCGUGGACUUUUUAUCUUCAAGCUGAUGAUGGGAAAAUAGUUAUCUUCCAGUCUAAGCCAGAAAUCCAGUAUGCACCACAGUUGGAGCAGGAGCCUACAAAUUUGAAAGAAUCGUCAUUAAGCAAAAUGUCCUCAGAUCUGCAAAUGAGAAGUUCACAAGCACACAGGAAUUAUCUUGAAGAUGGAGAAAGUGAUGGAUUUUUAAGAUGCCUUUCUCUUAACUCCGGGUGGAUUUUAACCACAACUCUUGUCCUCUCCGUGAUGGUGUUGCUCUGGAUUUGCUGUGCGACUGUUGCUACAGCUGUGGAGCAGUAUGUUCCCUCUGAGAAGCUGAGUAUCUAUGGUGACUUGGAAUUUGUAAAUGAACAAAAGCUAAACAGAUAUCCAGCUUCUUCUCUUGUGGUUGUUAGAUCUAAAACCGAAGAUCACGAAGAAGCAGGGCCUCUACCUACAAAAGUGAAUCUUGCUUAUUCGGAAAUUUAAGUGUUUUUUAAAAAGAAGUGUAAUAGACAUCUAAAUUUCCAUUCCUCAUAGUGCUUUUAAAAAUGGUUACAUUGGAUAUAGGGCUUAAAAAUCACUAUUAAAUGCAAAUAAAGUUACCCAAAUCGUGAAGACUGUAUUUGCUGUAACUUUACCUGUAAUUUUUUUCUAGUAAUUUAAGAGAUGGCUAUUUGGGAUUGUAUUUUUAUUUUACUAAUAUCUGUAGCUAUUUUAAUUUUUAUUUGCAUUGGUUUUGUUUGUUUUCCUUUCUUAGCCAAAUUCUUUGAGCUGACCAGUGUUCUUCCCCUCCUCCUACCAUUAUACUGUCAAUCACCUUAGUUAAUAAGCUGAAUACUCAGUAGAAUAUAAUGCUUCUGCUCAGAAAUGGCCCACAAUUUGUAAUUUGAAAUUUAACAGAAAAUGCCCUUUACUACACUACAUUUUCAGUUGUAUUGAACCGAAGUCAUUAAAAUUUUAUUUGAAUAA